AUGGAGCUAAACCAUCUUUCGAAGUCCCUUGCUAGACGCCUGAUAUUUUUUAGUCCUGUUCAUCACCUUUUCUCGCGGUCUCUCUCCACAAGUACUUCCUCGACACUCAAAGAUUCUUCAAAAAAUCCUUCAACCCAAUCAUCCACGAGCACGAAUAGCGAGACUCCUUCAACCACCGAUAAGCAACCAUCGAUCCCAAAUAAGACCAAAACAACUGCCCAGGCCGAUGCAGAGCUUCGCGAACGCUUAGAACGAAUGUCUGGCGACGGAGGCGCUGCAGGCAUUGAAUAUGAAGACGGAAAACCAAGUGCUAUGAAACGUGGCGUACGCAACAACAUGUUCCGAUUGAUAUAA